CUGACUCAGAAGACCAGCCCCCUUGCCAUCCUCGUGCUGCCUCAGGCUAUAGAAAAGGAGGCCACGCGGAUCUCCAGGAUCAAUGGGCUCGUUCGAUCGGAGUAGUAAUUAAGCCAGAAGUUGACCAAGGAGCUCUGUAUCAAGAGGCGCGCGCGGAUCUCCUGUACCAAGGCUCUACCAAGUACUAUACGCUGUUGUUGGUCAGCCAGCUCUCCUUCCGGUUCCGGCACGGCCAAUUCCAAAAUGGAGAUGGUGAGAGCAUGCAUGCGGCCUGCCGCCUCCGCGUCCUCGGGGCCCCGCGUGCUCGUGCUCGGCGGGACUGGCCGUGUCGGCGGCUCAACGGCCACCGCGCUCUCCCAGCUCCGGCCCGACCUCAACAUCCUCAUCGGCGGAAGGAACCGGGAGAAAGGUAUGCCGCUGGUAUCUAAGCUUGGACAGCGAUCUGAGUUCAUCCACGUUGAUAUUCGCAAUUCAAGCAGGCUGAAAGAGGUGUUGGAGGGGUGUCUUGAUAGAUGCACAUGACGAAGACGCAUUAUGAUAAGCCAGCGUUGUGUGUAAAAAUAAACCGAGGCUAUGGCGUGUCUAAAAACACAAUUGAAGGAUGCAUUUAAUCUUGUAUGCAUGGAAAAGAAAGCUGAAAAGUUGAAGAGAGUUGCAGUGGCUACAGGUGUGGAUUUGGUGGUUCAUGCCGCUGGACCAUUCCAGAGGGAUGACAAAUGCACAGUCCUGCAGGCAGCAACAUUUACCAAGACAAGGUACACUGAUAUCUGCGAUGGAGUGGACUAUUCAUGGAGGGCAAAAUCUUUCCAUGAACAAGCAAAAGCUUCCGGCGUCCCAGCUCUCAUAACUGCAGGGAUAUCUCCUGGAGUGAGCAAUGUGAUGGCAGCUGAGCUUGUACGUACUGCAAAAGGCGAGAGUGGUGGUGAACCAGAAACACUGAGAUUCUUCUAUUACAUUGCAGGUACAGGUGGUGCAGGCCCAACUACGUUGGGCACAAGCUUGUUACUUCUUGGGGAGGAUGUAAUUGCCUAUGAUAAAGGGAGCGAAAUCAAACUAAAACCCUACAGUGGAGCUCGCAACAUUGAUUUUGGAAAAGGGAUUGGGAAGAAAUAUGUUUACUUGAUGAACUUACCGGAGGUGAAGAGCACACACAAAAAUUUAGGUCUGCCAACUGUUCAUGCUCUAUUUGGUUCAGAUCCUUUCAUCUGGAAUUGGGGAAUGGAAACGUUCGCAAACUUCUUGCCUUCUGACCUUUUAAGAGAUAAAAAUGUCACUCUAAAGUUUGCUGAGUGUGUUGACCCUUUCAUCCGAGUUAUUGAUGGGAUUGUAGGAGAGCGUGUCGCCAUGAGAAUUGAUCUCGAAAGUUCAAACGGGCACACCACUACUGGAUUAUUUGCUCACAACAAUCUAUCCGUAUCCGUGGGCUAUGCAGCGGCCGCAUUUGCUCUAGCAGUUCUAGAAGGCAGCACAAAGCCAGGGGUUUGGUUUCCAGAAGAGCCAGAGGGAAUAGCUAUUGAUGCAAGGAAGCUCUUGCUCCGACGGGCAUCUCGAGGAGUAACGAACUUCACAAUGAACAAGAAUUCCGGGAUGAUAGAAUGCUGAUCAUAUGGAAAUGAAUCCCCGGGUGAUAGAAUGCUGAUCAUAUGGAAAUUGACGAUGGAAGUUAUAGCUUCAUCAAACUAUUGUACUCUUCCCCCGUAAUCCCCCCUCUCCCUCAAUGUAACUCUGAACUAUAUUCUGGGCUAUUCGGUUGGUAAUAAAGUUCAGGCAGGCGUAAGCCCGCCGUUGAAGCAUAAAAAAAGCAAUGGAAGUUAUGCCUGAGAACAAAAUCUCCACGAAGAGUACAGAAAAUUCCUACUCAGCAUGUGAAGUCCUGCAUGAAUUAUGGAGCUGUAAACAGGAAAGCACCUAGUCAAAUAUUUGGAGCAGGCUGGUUUAAGUUGGAGCCCAUUCAAGUUGGAGUAUUAUGUUUCUCUGUGAUUUGAUUAUUGCAGGUUGUAAAAAACAGAAUGAUUCUGUGCUGAUAUCCCCUGUAAUAAAACCUGCUGAGGUAACUACACAAAUCAUAUAGUAUCAAGUUCAUACAUAGUA